ACUCCAGCCUGGGCGACUGAGCGAGACUCUGUCUCAAAAAAAAAAAAAUCAUAUUUACAAAGUACAGUGGGGGAAAUGCUUAUACUACAGUAAGGUUAAAAAAUACUAAAUUGUGGCGGAGGGCACCAUGGUCGGUGGCGAGGCGGCAGCUGCAGUGGAGGAGCUGGUCUCGGGGGUGAGGCAGGCGGCCGACUUCGCGGAGCAGUUCCGCUCCUACUCAGAGAGCGAGAAGCAAUGGAAGGCACGCAUGGAAUUCAUCUUGCGCCACCUGCCCGACUACCGCGACCCGCCCGACGGCGGUGGCCGCCUGGACCAGCUGCUGUCCCUCUCCAUGGUCUGGGCCAACCAUCUCUUCCUAGGCUGCAGUUACAAUAAAGACCUUUUAGACAAGGUGAUGGAAAUGGCUGAUGGGAUUGAAGUGGAAGACCUGCCACAAUUUACUACCAGAAGUGAGUUAAUGAAAAAGCAUCAAAGCUAAGCCAGAAGAUUUAUCACAUUUUCAUCAUCAGCUACAGGAUUAGAAAGGAGGCUGGGAUGAAUGUGACAUAGACCACAGCAGUUCUCUUAAGACUCCUGGUAUUACCAACAUAAAGAGGCAGGUGGAAUGAGAAAGACUCUGUCUAGAUUGGCUUUUUUAACAUUCUCAUUUUUUCCAGUAGUUAUCACGGUAAAAGUAUGCAUGGAUAUUUAUGUAUUUAUAAAUCAUGUACUAUAAGAUGAGUUCAUCAACAUUGUAAAAGCCCUCUUUUCUAUUUUCAGUUCUCUCUUUUUUUUUUUUCUUACCAACAAGGUCUCACUCUGUCACCCAGGCGGGAGUACAAAGGUGCAGUAUUGGCUCAUUGCAGCCUUGAACUCCUGGGCUCAUAUAUUCAGGGUUUUUUGUUUUUCGUUUUGUUUUUUUGAGACAGAGUUUUGCUCUGUCACCUAGGCAGGAGUGCAGUGGCGUGAUGUAUUUUCAGUUUUUAAAUGUCAGAAUUUUUGUUUAAAAUGCCUUUUUGGGCUGGGCACAGUGGC